AUGCUCCACCUUAACUGUGGAUGCAAGUUCCGCGGCACUGAGGAACGCUUGGAAGGCAACGCCUUUUUUGUUUGCAGUGCUGAAGAUGGCAUGCCUGACCCUCAGCACAUGGCUCUGUGCUGGCUAUGCUGCGGGUUGGAUGACAGAACGAGGCCAAUUGCAUGCUUGGCCCCGCAGCAGGAGGAACGAGAAGAGAAGGAGGCGGAAGAAAUGAAGCAGUAUCAAGCAGGCUCCAGUCUUGGAUUGUCGGGCGGCCUCCCUCCCGAAAAGAAGACAGUGGAAAAGGGCCAGCUGCUUGCCAAAACUUUGCCUCCUGAUGCGCUUCUUUGGGGCCGGGCGCUGAUGCAGCGCUUCAAGGAGAAUGGCGGCUCUGUGUCCUACAACUUAAAAGUUGACCGAGAGAGGAAGGCAACCCGUCCAAACAGUGGUCGAAUCAUGUCGAAUCGACGGAUUUGUCACUCCGCAACCUGUUGCAGCUGCCGGCACAUUCGCUUGCGCAUCAGAGUCUGUACGACAGAUCCUAACUAA